CAUUAUAUCCCUGUGUAGGCUCGCGAUUUAGGGUUUCUGCCAGUGUCCUCGUUCUGACUUCUCAGCGCGGCGAAGAGCUUUUGGACUGCAGCAAUGGUGAAGGGGAGGCAAGGCGAACGCGUCAGGCUCUAUGUCCGUGGUACAAUCCUUGGGUACAAAAGGUCGAAGUCGAAUCAGUAUCCAAACACGUCGUUGAUUCAGAUAGAGGGAGUGAACACACAAGAGGAAGUGGCGUGGUACCAGGGGAAACGAAUGGCCUACAUUUACAAGGCUAAAGUUAAGAAGAACGGUUCUCACUACCGUUGCAUUUGGGGAAAAGUUACACGCCCUCAUGGAAACAGUGGUGUGGUUCGUGCCAAGUUCAAGUCCAAUCUUCCCCCCAAAUCCAUGGGUGCUAGAGUGAGAGUUUUCAUGUACCCGAGCAACAUUUGAGUUAUUGGGCUCGUGUGGACUUAGUUUGGAGCGCUGCAUGAAGCCUCGUCAUCAGGAUUUUAGCUACUGUUUUGAGUUCGGAUAAAUUUUGUAACUUGAAAUGAUAUUAGUGGGUUCUAUCUUUUCCCUUUGACACUGAAUAUGAGAAUGCACAUCCCCUCCAUUUUGCAGCCUUUGAAUUAGUUCUCGAUGGUAUAUCCUUGCUCUUUCGAUAGUAGGAGCAUUUCAUUAUUGUGGUCAAUAGAUUUUGUCUUUCGAAUCUGA